UGACCUUGGUGACCUGCAACCAUCCAUCCACUGGGUUCACAUUCCCAGCUGCAAAGUAGCCAGGCCUGGUUACAAGCCACACUGUUUCCUGGGGUUUGGUCCUGGCCAGGCUAGUAUCAGACAGCCUUGCUAUUCACAGAGCCUUUGCUCAUAGCCUACAGCAGACCAUCUCACAUAGUUUACCACAGUUUCAAGGACAUCUGCAAGUGGGACCUGGAGCUGAUAACUUUUGAAGGAAACCAUCUAGCAGUUACGGGGUUCUGCAGGGCCCUGCUCAGCUAGGGUUAUGUCUGAUACACUGGAAGGCAAAGCUGAGUGGGGCAGUACAGUUCACUCUAAACAUGGCCUCUGACUUAGGUACCACCUGCACUUUUCCUCAGGAGCAUCCCUGCCCCCUCAUCACCAGGAAUCAGAGCUCACCCACAGCUCUUUUGUAAGGCAGCAGACACUGGCGCCUGGUAGCCAUCUCUUGAUCUUCUGGCCAGACCAGGCUCUUAUUACCCUGCCUCCUGGGUCAGAAGGUCAGACAAAAGGUCACACAGACUUUUUCCUUCCUGUCUCUGAGAAAACCACUCCCUGGGGACUUCUGGAGCCACAGAAACGGUUUGGAAAGGCAGAUUCCAGGCAGGCCCUUUGUCUUGCCACCAGCUUUGAUCUCCCUGCCCUCCCCCACAGUGGUGGAGCCUCUAGUCCAGUUAAAGAAUAGAUGCUGGCCCUCAUGAUGGGUUGUUGGAGCAAGAUUUGAAUGUACUUAGAUCCCUGAGCAACAUCUAGGAUGCUUGGUCUUUGAAGGAUGUGCUUGGCCAUCCCUUGAGACAAUCACAUAUCUAGCCCUGUGUGUGGUCAGUUUGGUGGCUUCUCUGUGCCCUUUUUUAUACUAUGCACCACAGUCACUGCCAUGAGACUGUCUCUGGCCAGUGCACACGGAUCAUGUUUCCACCCAGACAAGCUAGCGUUUUGUUUUGUGGGGUUUUUUGUUUGUUUGUUUUGUUUUGUUUUUGGAGACAGGGUUUCUUGGUAGCUUUGGAGUCAGUCCUGAAACUCUGUAGAUCAGGCUGGGCUUGAACUCACAGAGAUCCACCUGCCUCUGUCUGCCUCCUGAGUGCUGGGAUUAAAGGCGUGCACCACCACCCUGCUAAGGUAGCCAUUUUAUUUUGUUCCUGCCUUGCCUAUUUGAAGGAGCUGAGUGGCAUAGCAGCCUGGCUAUGGAGCCAGGAGCCCUGUUGUAGAAAAACAGGUGUGUCUUGGAGGGUAAAUCCUGCUGAGUUGUGCCCUGACAUGGUUUGCUUUUUGUCUUUUAGAAACAAUGUCUCCUUAUGUAGCCAGGCUGUCUUGGAAUUUACUGUGUAGCUUUGGGCUGGCCUCAGUCUGGAUUCUCCUGCCACCACCUGCUCCUCAGGAGAUUACAGGUGUGCACCACCAUGGCAGAUACCCUAGGAGGUUUUUUAUUCUAUGCCAAAACCUGCUGGCAAGUGUGACACUUGAAGGUUCCUGACAGAAAACAGAACCUCUACCACUUGCCAGCUGAAGAUGUGUCUUGCCUAUACUUGUGACAGGUGCCAUCCUUGGCAGCCUUUGGAGAAAACCUAAACUAGCUAGGGCUGGAGACUGGCUGAGGACAAAAGCUGAAAUCUACCAGCCCUGCCCCUCCUCCCUGAGUAGAGGGUGGGAGGGUCUUUAAGGAGACUUUGAUCCCUGCUGGGCUUCAGCUUGGGGGGGGGCUCAGAUUACAGCGUUCCCCUCCCUGAUGUAGCCGGCCCUUCUCCGCCCCUUGGUGACCCUAGUGGUCAGUUGCUCUGAGCUUCAGGGCCUCUGGCCCCUCCCCAACCCUUCCUCUUCUUCCAUUCCCAGUCCUAUGCUGACCAGAGCCUGGGAGCCACCUACAGUGGUUGGGAGACGGCCAGCCAGUACUUUGUGGACAGGUUCUGAGAGACCCCAGAAUACCUAUUCACAUUGCCAGAAAGGAGCCUCAGCUGUGGGCUCCAAUAUUCAGGGGGUGGGGGCCGAGGAAGUCACAGAACAGGGUCCUUUGAGGCAGGGGUAGCAAUCCUAGGCCCAGGACCCUAUAAGGUGGAUGCCUGUAGGGAGUCCUGGCUCCAAGAGUGCCUGGUGGCCACAAACUCCCACCCCCUGGCCCUGUGGUCCCCAUGCCUGCCCCACAGCCACUCCUGCCUCUGCUCUUUGUCUUCGGGCUCAUCCAUCUGACCUCGGAGACUAACCUGCUGCCAGAUCCUGGAAGCCACCCUGGCAUGUGCCCCAACCAGCUCAGCCCCCACCUGUGGGUGGACGCCCAGAGCACCUGUGAGCGUGAGUGCACCAGGGACCAGGACUGUGCAGCAUCUGAGAAGUGCUGCACCAAUGUAUGUGGGCUGCAGAGCUGUGUGGCAGCCCGCUUCCCCAGUGGUGGCCCAGCUGAACCUGAGACAGCAGCCUCCUGUGAAGGCUUCCAGUGCCCACAACAGGGCUCUGACUGUGACAUCUGGGACGGGCAGCCAGUUUGCCGCUGCCGUGACCGCUGCGAGAAAGAACCCAGCUUCACUUGUGCAUCUGAUGGCCUCACUUAUUAUAACCGCUGCUAUAUGGAUGCAGAGGCCUGCCUGCGGGGGCUCCACCUGCAUGUUGUACCCUGCAAGCACAUUCUCAGUUGGCCACCCAGCAGCCCAGGACCACCUGAGACCACUGCUCGACCAACCCCUGGGGCUGCUCCCAUGCCACCUGCCCUGUACAACAGCCCCUCACCACAGGCAGUACAUGUCGGGGGAACAGCCAGUCUCCACUGUGAUGUUAGCGGCCGUCCGCCACCUGCUGUGACGUGGGAGAAACAGAGCCACCAGCGGAAGAACCUGAUCAUGCGCCCUGACCAGAUGUAUGGCAACGUGGUUGUCACCAGUAUUGGGCAGCUAGUGCUCUACAAUGCCCAGUUGGAUGAUGCAGGCCUGUAUACCUGCACUGCACGCAAUGCUGCUGGCCUGCUACGGGCUGACUUCCCCCUCUCUGUUUUGCAGCGGGCAAAUACUCAGGACAGGGACCCAGGAGUCCUGGCCCUGGCUGAGUGCCAGCCUGACACACAGGCCUGUGUUGGACCCCCCACCCCUCAUCAUGUCCUUUGGCGCUUUGACCCACAGCGAGGUAGCUGCAUGACCUUCCCAGCCCUCGAAUGUGAUGGGGCUGCCCGGGGCUUUGAGACCUAUGAGGCAUGCCAACAGGCCUGUGCCCGUGGCCCUGGGGAUGCCUGUGCACUACCUGCCGUUCAGGGCCCCUGCCAGGGCUGGGAACCACGCUGGGCCUACAGCCCACUGCUGCAACAGUGCCACCCCUUUGUAUACAGUGGCUGUGAAGGCAAUAGCAAUAACUUUGAGAGCCGGGAGAGCUGUGAAGAUGCUUGUCCUGUACCACGCACACCACCCUGUCGCACCUGCCGCCUCAAGAGCAAGCUGGCUCUGAGCUUGUGCCGAAGUGAUUUUGCCAUUGUGGGUCGACUCACAGAGGUACUGGAGGAGCCCGAGGCUGCGGGUGGCAUUGCUCGUGUGGCUUUAGAUGAUGUGCUGAAAGAUGACAAGAUGGGCCUCAAGUUCUUGGGCACCAAAUACCUGGAGGUAACAUUGAGUGGCAUGGACUGGGCCUGCCCAUGCCCCAAUGUGACAGCUGGUGAUGGGCCACUGGUCAUCAUGGGUGAGGUUCGUGAAGGUGUGGCCAUGUUGGAUGCCAACAGCUAUGUUCGUGCUGCCAGUGAGAAGCGAGUCAAGAAGAUUGCAGAGCUGCUUGAGAAGAAGGCUUGUGAACUGCUCAACCGCUUCCAAGACUAGCUUUAUCCACAAUCCCCGUUCCUGUCCUCCUUCCUGCUAAAUAAAUGUCUGUACCUGUGGGA